AUGCCUUGGGAGGUGGCCCCAGCGGCCCCUUGUUGCCCCGACCCCCGGCGGGUUGCGCCUCGAGCGACAGCCCGAGCCCGAGGAGGAGGAGGAGGAGGAGGAGGGCGAGGAAGAGGAGGGCGAGGAGGAGGAGGAGGUGGUGGUGACAAACUCUCCCGCUUUGCACUGCGGCCGGGAGCCCCUGCGCCAGGCAUGCAGGCUCGGCGUUUAGCCAAGCGCUCCAGCCUGGGGAGCCGCCGGGGGGGCGCAGCGCUGCAGCCGCCGCCGGGCCCGGCGCUGGCGAGGGAGGGCGCCUUGCCCGGGCUGCCGCCCCUGGCCCCGGCCCGGGAGAGCUGGAGGCCGCCUCCCCCGCCUCGCCGAGCUGGAGCCGGAGCCGGGUCCGGGGCCGCCCCCCCUCCUGCCGCUGCCGGCGCAGCCACGGUCCCCGCCCCGGUGCUGCUGCUGUUGGAGGAGGAGGAGGAGGACGGCGAAGAGGAAGGGGGGAGGAGGCGGAGGGGGCGCGGGAGGUUGGAGGGGAAGCCCCGGGGGGGCGCGGAGGAGGAGGACGACGACGAAGAGGACGACGAGGACGAGGAGGUGGUCGUCGAGGUGGUGGAGGAAGACGAGGAGGAGGACGUAGAGGAGCGCUUCGUGCCCCCAGCGGCGCCGAAGGGCCAGACCCGGGGCUCGCUAAAGGCCGGGAGCAUUAAGCGUGAAAUGACCUUCACCUUUCAACAGGAGGACUUAAAACGUGACUUUAGUAAAAAAAUAUCCUAUCAACAAUUGUUCCCUUUGGCCAUGGCAGAAGAUGUGAGAACAGCUGACACCAAAAAAGCCCACAGAGUCCCUGAACACGAAAAAGAGAACACUCGAUCCAUCUGUCUCCUGGAACAAAAACGCAAAGUUGUUUCAUCAAAUAUCGAUGUUCCUCCAGCAAGGAAAUCUUCAGAAGAACUGGAUAUGGAUAAAGUAACAGCAGCAAUGGUACUAACCAGUUUGUCCACCAGCCCUUUGGUUCGAAGCCCUCCUGUGCGGCCAAAUGAGGGCCUCAGCGGAUCUUGGAAAGAAGGGGGAUUUGUGCCUUCAAGUACAAGCAGUAGUGGGUACUGGAGCUGGAGUGCCCCCAGUGAUCAAUCUAACCCGUCCACCCCAUCUCCACCUCUAUCAGCCGAUAGCUUCAAGCCCUUCCGAACACCCACUCAGCCAGAUGACGGCAUCGAUGAAACUGAAGCAAGCAACCUUCUCUUUGAUGAACCCAUUCCGAGGAAAAGAAAGAACUCCAUGAAGGUAAUGUUUAAAUGCCUUUGGAAAAACUGUGGGAAGGUACUGAGCACAGCUGCUGGAAUCCAGAAACACAUCAGAACCAUUCAUCUUGGACGCAUAGGUGACUCAGACUACAGUGAUGGGGAAGAAGAUUUUUACUACACAGAGAUCAAACUCAAUACAGACUCAGUGGCGGAUGGGCUCAGCAACCUCUCCCCAGUUUCUCCCUCUCAAUCCUUGGUGUCUCCUCCAACAUUCCCCACCUUGGAUUCCAGCCGUACUGAAACUCCAUGUGCCAAAACGGAGCCGAAAUUGAUGACGCCUCUGAGCCAAUCAGCUCCUACCACCCUCUACCUCGUACAUACUGACCAUGCUUACCAGGCUACUCCCCCGGUGAACAUUCCAGGAUCCACAAAGUUCUCUCCGAAUGGCAGCAGCUUUAGCAUCUCUUGGCAGUCUCCACCAGUUACCUUCACAGGCAUUCCAGUUUCCCCAACACACAAUCGUCCUGUGGGCAUAGGAGAGCAGAGACAACAGCAGACUCAUUCAGUCCUGUCUUCACCUCCCAGAGGAGCAGUCAGCUUAAGAAAGCCACGGGGGGAGGGCAAAAAAUGCCGGAAGGUUUAUGGCAUGGAGAAUCGAGACAUGUGGUGCACUGCCUGCCGUUGGAAGAAGGCCUGCCAAAGGUUCAUUGACUGAAGAGUGGAAGCCUCAAAGGUGCGAGGUGUGGAUGCCCAAGAGCCUGCCUACAGCUGCCCUUGACUCUCUACCUGCCCUCUCCUUCCACUCCUGGUUUUGAAAAGAGCUUUUUGCAUUAACCACAAAAAUGCACUCAUAGCCAAGGUGAAGCCCUUCGAGAAACCUGUGUGGAAGAACAGCAAAAAAUAUUUUAAAGUAACUAGCAUCACCAACCAGUAUCCAACCUGGAAGCAGCUAUAACUUUUUUUUUAAUUUAAAAAAAAAAGUUAACCUUUUGCUCUGUGACUUCCUCACCGCCCGGGCCCCAGUAGAUCUUGUAACUGUACUGUGAACUUCCAUAGCAGUUAAAACAACAAACCCUUCUUUCCCUAGAAUGGAGGUAUCUUUUGCUAUGUUUUCUGACUAACAUACCCUCCAAGAUUUUUUUCUGACACUUUAAGAAACAACCCACCACAUAAGCUACAGUUUAUUCAACAGCAUUUGUACAAAGAAUGGAUUCUACUCCGUAAUUCCCAAUGUGAACAGUCUUGCUUCUCUUUUCCAUUUGACUCCUUGGAGCCAUGCAUACCCUGCUGUGCUAUAGGAACAAACAGCACUCAUGAUUUCUUUUCCAUUUGGGGUUUUCUUUUUAAAAAAUGGCCACACACCAGACGUCCUGUGGGAACUAUUAACCUGUAAGCCCCCUGGGACCUUUAAGAACACAAAAAGAUAACACAAACGAUGGAAAUCACCAGCAAACUUCAGCUAUGAGCUGAGAUCAGGAAACCCAGUUGUCAUCUUUGGGAAACAUCUGGGAGCUUCACUUGAUUUCCCAAGAAGCUUUUUCUAAUUGCUUGGCUUUCUAUGAUGUAGUGGCCAUGCCAUGAGAGGCAGCAUUCUGCUUCUCUCCAUUUUAUUGCAAUUCCAUCAAGAACUGGUCCAUGUAGCCAUCUGGGUAACCCUUAAUCCUUUUUUUCAGGGAUGUGAUCCAAACCAGCAGCUCAGCUCUGUUUACUGUUAUUGCUUGUUUGUGAGACUGUUGCCAGCUUAAUGGGUCACUAGUCCUUUCCACAAAAAAAAAGAAAAAGAAAAAGAGAAUUCUACAACUAACUGUUUUCAGAAAAGGUAUAAAAAUCAGAAAUAUCCCAUACACAUAAAUCUAUGAGGUUGGCUUUAAAUGCAGAAUACAGCCUACAUAGUCUCAUCCAUUCUAAAAAGUCAUUUUGAGGUUAGAAAACCAAUUCCUAUUUUGAGUGCACUUUUAUAGAUUUUUAUGCUUUUGCAUGUCUGGUAUAUGGGUUAAUGAAUACUAUAGAUCUUUGUAGAAGUUAAUGCAAGAUACAGACCUUUAUUUUUAUCAUUUGAAAAA